AUGAUAGCCACCGGAGGAGUCAUAACAGGACUGGCUGCCUUAAAAAGGCAAGAUUCUGCCAGAUCCCAACACCAUCUCAGUCGUGCAACGUCACCAGCUCCUGAGGAACAGAAACCAGCCAAGCGUCGGCCAAGGACGGAUGUGGUUGUAGUCCGAGGCAAAAUCCGGCUGUAUUCCCCAUCAGGGUUCUUCCUUGUCCUGGGAGUGCUGAUUUCUUUCCUCGGAAUUGCUAUGGCCAUUCUUGGUUACUGGCCCCCAAAAGACUCAUUCCUGGAACCUGAAGACAGCCUGACACUAAAUGAGACUCAGUUAAUAGGAAGAGGAGGGGGAUUUAUUAUGCGCUUCCUUGAGCAGCAUUUACAUUCUGAUAAAAUGAAAAUGCUGGGGCCUUUCACUAUGGGGAUUGGAAUAUUUAUUUUUAUUUGUGCAAAUGCCAUGCUUCAUGAAAACCGGGACAAGGAGACAAAAAUCAUACACAUGAGGGACAUCUAUUCCACUGUAAUUGACAUCCACACUCUGAGAAUCAGUGAGCAAAGGCAGCUGAACGGUGCCUACACUGGCUUGGCAGGAGAGAAUGAAAUCAAGCAUGGUGGAAGCUCUUGUGCAUCACGGCUGGCUGCAAAUACCAUUGCUCCUUUCUCAGGCUUUGCAAGCAACUUCCAAAGGGUUAGCAAUGACGAAGAGGAUGAACUUGCUGGAAAUGAGACCAAGAAAUCAAUCCCAAAUCUUAUGUCACCUUUGCUGAUGGAACACUCUGGUUCAGUCUUUGGCCUUUACCCUCACUCUGGGAAAGCGAGGGACGAAAGAAGCAGUGGCUCUCUGAAGUGUGAAACAAAAUCGAUUGUGUCAUCUUCCAUUAAUGCUUUCACAUUACCUGUAAUCAAACUGAAUAACUGUGUUAUUGAUGAGCCAAGUAUUGACAAUAUCACUGAGGAUUCAUCAAGGAGUAGAGACCGACCUAGAAAUUUGUCCAUGGAUUCUUUGGCUCUCCCAUUAAUGAAUACCGGUGAUAGCUACAAAUCUGCCAAUGAUUUGUUGCCACGCAACACUUUAUAUGGAGACUCUUCAUUCAGUCAGUUCAAAUCUUCAAUGACUCUUGGAGCCAGCACUGGACAGCUCUUAUCACCUGGUGCAGCCAGAAAACAGUUCGGGUCCAACACCUCUUUGCAUCACUUGUCUGCACAUUCAAAAUCCCUAGACUUGGAUAGGGGUCCUUCUACUCUCACUGUCCAAGUUGAACAAAGAAAACAUCCAAGCUGGCCACGACUGGACCGGAGUAACAGCAAAGGUUAUAUGAAACUAGAAAACAAGGAAGACCCUAUGGACAGGCUUCUCGUACCACCAGCUGCAGCGAAGAAAGACUUUACUAAUAAAGAAAAACUAUUGAUGAUUUCCAGAUCUCACAAUAAUUUGAGUUUUGAGCAUGAUGAGUUUUUGAGUAACAAUUUAAAGCGUGGAACUUCAGAAACAAGAUUUUGA